AUGAGAUACGCGGCAGCUUUCGGGAUGAAAUUUAGCGCGAGAGGCGUUGAUGUGACUUUUGAGUCCUGCACGUACAAUCAACUGACUUUCAAGAAGGAGAACAACUUGGUAUUCGAUGUGGACAUCCCCUGCAUUGGAACCGCUGGCAGGUUCAAAUAUAAUUUGAAGACUGGCAGCAGUAGUGGCGACGAUGAACUGUACGGCCUUGCACAGCUGGCAAAGCAAUAUCUGGAAAAAACCAACGCCACUCUCUCCAAGAACUGGUCCACAUACCGUCGUAAGAUUCUGAUCUUCCCUCUCAGCUGGUACACGGACUGGGCCGGAUUCGCUGGUAUGGCCAUGGUGGGUUGUGCUCCGCGCCACGACUGCUAUACCUGGAUCAACCCUGGCGUGGCGGAUGACAAACCGGACAUGCCUGUCGUGUUCCAAGAGCUAGGUCACAACAUCGGCUUAGCGCAUUCUUCCCGAGUAGUUUGCGAUAACCGCGGCAACUGUGCAAGGGACGAGUACGGGGAUCCCGUCGAUCCCAUGGGCGCCACCUGGCCCAACGAUCCGCAGAAGCAUGUUGUGUGCACCAACGCAGCGCAGUCAUACAAAGCUGGUUGGUCUUCACCUACCCAAGGUGGCCAUCUCAGCUUGACCAAAGAUCUCACACCAGGUGUCCCCCGGGUAUUUACACUGCCCGCCAUGGCGCUUAACAAGGCCAAUAUGUUGCGUAUCAUCACAGAUCGUAAAAACCCCAGUGUGAAUAAUGCCACCACAGAACUGCAACAGCGAGCUCUAUUUGUUUCAUACAGGGUCCACGAGUACAACGAGACAGCAAACGGCAUCCCUGCUAACCUGGACACGCCACCGAUUGUCCUCGCAAUGUUAACUGAUAACAAGCCCCCGCCAGAAAUUCGCACUUGGGGAGUGCUGAACGGCUCCUUCACUCAGCUCCUGCCCGAUCUCGGUGGCGUCAGCAUCCAGCUCAAAAGCAAGACGCCUCAGGCAGCCACUGUCUCUGUGUGCUGGUUCCUGAGCAUUGUCGAGUCUAGCGGAGACCAAUCGAUGUGCUCAGAUGGGCUAGACAAUGACUGCGAUGGCCUGGUCGAUGCAGAGGACCCCGACUGCAAAGCCAUCUUGCAGCCACCGCCAAAAAAGCCAUCACGUCCACCGAACUCGCCGCCACCGCAGCAGCAGCAGAUCUUCUAG